ACAAAUGCGGAUAUGAAUAAUAAGGUUCGCAUUAGGAUUUAACUUUAUACAGUUGAUAUGCUUUUCGUUGUCUGUUUGAUUACUAGUUUUGACAUUUGGUCAAAUCAUAAGUUUAAUUCAGUCUUCGCAGUUAGUAAAUAAUUUAAUAGAAUUAAUUAAAAAUGUCGAUAAAAGUGUGCAUAUUUUUAGGAAUUAUUACAUUCCUUAGCCCAAUUUACUUAUCCAAAGGAGAUUAUAUUUUUGCGACGGAUUAUUACGAAGUUCCGGUCGAUCACUUUUCAUACGCGAGGAAUGAAACGUUUAAAAUAAAGUAUUUGUACAAUGACACAUACUGGAAUCGGACGGGAAACGGGCCAAUUUUCUUUUACACUGGAAACGAGGGAUUAAUUGAAGUUUUUGCUCAAAAUACAGGACUGAUGUGGGAUUUAGCACCACAAUUUGGUGCGUUACUGUUAUUCGCAGAACAUCGAUAUUAUGGAGCAUCAAUGCCAUUCGGAAAUGAUUCGUUUAGCUCCCCAGAUAAGUCGGGGUACUUGACUUCGGAACAAGCUCUGGCAGAUUUCGCUCAAUUUCUAACUUGGUAUCGAACCAGCGAAGGCGCAGAGAAAAGUCCAAUCAUUGCAUUUGGAGGGUCGUACGGAGGGAUGUUAACGGCUUGGAUGAGAAUGAAAUAUCCGCACAUUAUUGCUGGCGGAAUAGCGGCAUCAGCUCCCAUAGCCCAAUUUCAAGGCCUAACUCCAUGCAAUAAGUAUGGACAAAUCGUAUCUGCAGACUUUCAACGGGUUGGAAUUAACUGUUUUAAGACGAUUCGAAAAUCAUGGGGCAUUAUUAACUCGUUUGGAGAGAAUGAUGGAGGACGAGGAUGGAUUUCAAAGACAUUUCGACUUUGCAAACAUCUCGAAACGAAGGACGACGUAGAGCAGUUCAAGGAAUGGUUGGUGGACGUGUACGGAUAUUUGGCCAUGAUUGACUAUCCAUACGAAAAUUCAUUUUUGGAACCUGUCCCAGGCAAUCCAGUUCGGGCCGUCUGUAAUCUCUUGAGUGAUCCAAAUGAGAGUGGAAAAGUUCUUUUGAGAUCCAUUUUCAAAGGAGUGAGCAUUUACUUUAAUUACACUGGUCAAUCGAAAUGUUUGGACUUUACUGACGAAGCUACAGGGGAUUUGAACGCUGGUGGAUGGGAUUUCCAGGCAUGCACGGAAAUGAUAAUGCCGAUUUGUUACGAUGGUCAAACUGACAUGUUUGAACCAAAUCCUUGGAAUUUAACUCACUAUUCGGACGAUUGCUUUUCAAGAUUCGGUGUCAGACCUGAUCCUAAAGUGGCAGAGUUGAUCUACGGGGGCAGAGAUAUCAGUGCAGCUUCAAAUAUCGUUUUCAGCAACGGUCUUCUCGACCCUUGGUACGGCGGCGGCAUGUUGAACAACUUGUCCUCCACUCUGAUCGCUGUCGUGAUCCCAGAAGGAGCGCAUCAUCUCGACCUUCGAAGUUCGCAUCCGAAAGACCCCGCGAGUGUGGUCACGGCAAGAAAAAUUGAAGCAGGCGAGAUCAAAAAGUGGAUUGCCGAAUUUCAUGAGAAGCAUGAGAAACAGAAUUUGUACUACUCGUCAUUAGAGAUGUAAAUUAUUCGCAUUUAUUGUCCAGCCAGAAAUAUAAAUUAAAUUAAAAUCACUGAUAAA